AUGCUCAAUUUAACCUACCACGAAAGUGACUUUGGUCUUAAAGCAUCUUGGACAUUUUCAUCAACAUCACAUGGAAAAGGGCUCGUCGAUGGCAUUGGGGCAGCAGUGAAAUCACGGGCUACACGUUAUCUAUUAAGCGGUACAACACACAACGCAUUUCUUUCAUCAGAAGAAUUUUUUGAAUACACCAAAACAGCAAAUGAUCACUUCGUAAUGAAAGGCGAUCUUGAACCUAAUCGACCAAUCGAAACAUUUUAUAUAAAAGCUAUAGAUAUUCAAAAUGUUUUGAAACGAACAUUAGAGCGACGUUGGCUAGAGAUAAACAAGAAGUCUUAG